AGGUUGAUAGUGUUGAAUGAAUUUUUCACGGUAGUGCCGUAUUAGCAAUAACACUUGGAUAAUACGUCCUCUAGAUCAACAUUAUAGGAUUUGUGGUGAGCUGUGAUAAACUUUGGGACCUGAUGCAGCAUGCAGCAAAAUUAUCUGGACUGAUUGGAAUGCAAGUUUGUGUGCUGUCACUCGACUGUCGAAUUGUGAAACAUAAAAUGUAAUCGAUAUAAUAGAUUUUUCAGGUUUUCUUUUGUAUCUGAAUUUUUGUAACAUUUGUAAGUGAGAGCAUGGAAGGACGAGAUCUUUUAGCUGGAGCAGCAAGAGCUGCAACUUAUAACAUGGCUCUUCAGUUAUGCAUUAGGAUUAUGACUUUUGUACUAAAUGGAGUGGUUCUUAGAUACAUCUCUAAGGAAAUGCUAGGAGUGGUCAAUGUCAGACUGACACUGCUAUAUACCACUACACUCUUCCUAGCAACCGAGUCGUUUGACCAAGCCUGUCUCAGCAAAAUAGAAGAUAAAGACUGGCGACAGGUUGUCAACCAGAUGUGGCUAACCUUUCCCAUGAGUAUUUUGGUGUGCCUUGUUUUUGGAUGUGUUUGGAUGUUUGUCUUGGAGAGCCCAGAUUCAGAAAGCAUUCCCUACUAUGGUACUGGUGUAGUGUGUUUUUGUUUGACAACCAUCAUCACUACUCUGGCCAGGCCACACUUUAUAAUAGGACAGUGUCAUCUAUUCAACAGACUCAGGGUGAUCUCUGUGGCCCUGUCCGAGUUAGUGAGAUGUAUUAUUGCUGCAUUCCUAGUCAUUUAUUUUCCACAUUGGGGUCUUAUCAACUUCUCUAUAGCUCAGGUGGUGUGUGCCAUUACCUAUUCAGCCAUAUAUUACGUUAUAUUUUACCUGAUGAUUAAGACUGAGGACACUGGAGAAUCCUUUGUGUUCCAGUCCGUUAGGGACUUUUUCCCUAAAAUUUUGCCCAAUAAAUCUUUUGUUGAUUGGCGGUUAGUUUCAUUAACAAGAAGUUUCUUUAAGCAGUCCAUCUUCAAACAGCUACUGACGGAAGGUGAAAAGUACAUUAUGACUGUGUUUGGGGUCCUAAGCUUUGGAGACCAAGGAGUGUAUGACAUCAUUAACAAUUUGGGUUCCAUGGCUCCACGGUUUAUUUUUCUUCCAAUAGAAGAGAGCAGUCGUCUCUUUUUUUCCUGUUCAUUUUCCCGCGGCCAAAGCCUUCGACAACAAAGCAAAGACUCCGUUGAUUUAGUGACCAGUGUCCUAGAGCACCUGCUGAAGACAGUGACUCUCAUUGGCUCCAUCAUCCUAGUGUUUGGCCAGUCUUAUGCUUUCUUGGCCUUAGAUCUGUAUGGAGGCUCAUUGCUCUCUGCAGGGUCUGGUCCCCUGUUAUUAAGAUGGUACUGCCUCUAUGUUUUGGUGCUAGCAGUAAAUGGUAUAACAGAAUGCUUCUAUUUUGCAGUUAUGAGUAAGAAGGAGAUUGACAGUUAUAAUCACAAGAUGUUACUGUUCUCGGUUAUUCUGCUGGUGUCCUCUCUGUUCCUGACACGCCUGGUAGGAAGUGUGGGAUUUGUUCUGGCAAACUGCAUCAACAUGGCAUGUCGGAUAAUGCAAAGCAUUUAUUUCAUUCAUAACUACUACAAGGACAGUGGCUAUAAACCUCUGAAGGGUUUUAUCCCCUCAUGUCCAGUCAUAGGAUCACUGGCUGCGGCAUAUUGUAUAACAGCAUUGUCAGAGAGCUACUUUUGUUGUGGCUACGGCAACCUGUACCGACUCCUUCAUAUUGUCAUUGGAGGACUCUGUUUAUUGGGUGUAAUGAUUACUAUAGCUAUCAGGGAGAGAGAACUAGUGCAAUUUGUGACAACUCAACUCUGGGGACGCAAAAUUGGAAAGACUAACUUCUAAUGUACUGUACAGCCUGCUACAUUCUUGGAAAAUACAGACAAAUAUAUCGACUUCCCCAGGAUAUUUCUUUUUAUUUAUUUUAUAUGAAUGGGGAUUGUCAAUCAACAAUCAACAAAGAUAUGUGUCUUAUGUAUGAAAACAUAAUACAUGUAUAUUAUAAUAAAGAAAAUGUCAAAGAAUA